AUGGUUCAGAAGAUACCUGGGUCAGUUGUGCAAAUAGAAACACGCCCACUGUACAACGGGAAUGAGGAGGCGCAAGGUGUAAAAAUACUUCAUCGCGUAUUUUGGAUCUUCAAUCCAUGCGUUAGGGCAUUUAGGCAUUGCAAGCCUCUAGUUCAGGUGGACGGCACACACCUAUACGGAAAAUACAAAGGAACACUCCUGGUCGCUGUUGCACAAGAUGUGAACCAGAACAUUGUGCCUAUAGCUUUUGCGCUGGUGGAAGGGGAGACAACUGAUGCGUGGCACUUCUUUCUCAGAAAUCUGCGAAUGCAUGUUGUCAGAAAAGACGGUGUGGGUAUGAUUUCAGAUUGGCAUGAGUCAAUUCGGGUAGCAGUAAAUCGUUCCGGAGGUGACUGGCAACCUCCAAGAGCAUGGUGGAUGUUUUGUAUAAGGCACAUCGGCAGCAACUUCCUAAGAGCAUUCAAAGUCCCUCACUUGCAGAAGCUUGUUGUCAACAUUGGGUAUUCAAGAACGGUGGAGGAGUACAACAUCAGCUAUAAGAGGCUGGAAGAGCGAGGCGAGGCAUAUGCCAGGUGGUGCGAUGCCAUUGGACUCAGACAUUGGGUGUUGGCAUUCAACGAGGGGCAUCAAUGGGGCCAUAUGACGAACAACCUUGUCGAGUGCAUUAACUCAGUGUUGAAGGGUGCCCGUAAUCUACCAGUGCUGGCGCUGGUCCGAGCAACAUAUUAUCGGUUAAAUGAACUUUUUAUACGGAAGAGUGCCGAGGCUCACGAACGCAAGCGUGCUGGGUUUACAUACUCCGUAUUUGCACAAAAACGAAUAGAGGCAAAUAUGCAACAAGCUGAAAAUAUAGUAGUGCACCGGUUUGACAGACGAAAUGAGGUGUUUAAGGUGCGAGACAUGGCUAGUGGGAAGGUGUCAGUUGUUGACCUUGCGCGACGGACGUGUGACUGUGGGCACUUUCAGGUGGAACGACUACCUUGUCGCCAUGUUAUUGCUUGCUGUGCUAACCAGCGUCUCGAUUGGCAGCUGUAUGUGCACGACGUGUACAAGAUGACAGAGAUUCGUAAGAGCUUGGCUCCUUCAAAAACUAUGGCUGCGCCACAGAAUCCCACCAUUGAUUCACACUCAGCUCAAAUGGUGAGUGUACCUAGUUUCACAGUAAAUUCGAUAUACAUGAAGCUUGACAAUGACAACUUUCUCCAAUGGAAAGAUCAGGUAGAAGGCACAAUAGAAGGAAAUGAUUUACUCGAUCACAUCACAGGAGCGAACCUUCCACUGAAGUUUCUCGAAACCAGAGAAGCCAAUCAAGAAUUUUAA